AUGACAUCGGAAGAAGUCGACCAGACAAAUCAGGUUGUCACUGUGACUGUUAACAUUCCAGAUGGGAAACCACAGAAGUUUGAGUUCUUCACCGUGAACACCGUUGGUGACAUCAAGCAGUUUCUCGAGGUGAGCCAACACACCCGCCAACACACGAGCUAUGACUUGGUGUUUAACGGUAAAGUUCUGGAUGAUUUCUCCACCUUGAGUGAGUUCAUCUCAAAUGCGAACCAAAAGACUUUGAGUUUGUCCUUGAAGCUGAUUCCAUACACGGAAAAGGCCCUCGAAAAGCAUUUGAUCAACUUAAGAUUCAUCGCGGGUAUCAAAUCUACAAAGUCAUUCGGAAUCAACGCCGGUGUUUCAAAGGCCUUCGACUUGGAUUUGGAACCUUUCACCGAGGAUGAUAAGAAGUCGACAGAGGAAGAGGAGGAAGGUGAAAAGAAAAUCGACAUCCCACAGAGAUCUGCUGAAGAAAAGGCCAAGGUUUCAGAGAUUGUCUCCUCUUUCUUUGAGAAGCUCCCACAGGGCUUUUAUACACCAACUUCUGUCAUCACACCAGCUUUGCGUUCUUUGUACUACGGGCCAUACAACCCAGUUCCAUCGAACUACAAGGCUAAGGGCCAUCUCGCAUACAUUGUUGCACAAACUUUUGAAAAUGAGGUUGUACACAUCACUGCAACAACUACAGGCUUCUAUGCAAACAAGUCUUCAAACUCCAAAUUUGACCCUUCCCCUCGUGAAAACUCUCCAAAGACGUUCACUUUGUUUGAGCUAAUCUCAAAGCUCUCAAAGAACUUUGUCUCAACAAUCAAUGCAAACAUCGCUAAAGUCAGUAACUACGAUAGAGCGGUGGUUGCCGAGGCUGAGUGUGCAUUCUUGGCUAACCCAUGGAUAACAAAGGCCCCAGUUCCAGCUCCAGACUUUGGUAGACAACAGUUUGAGGACUCAAGUUUCAAGGACUUCAACCACGAAUACCAAGCUUUCAAGGACUUGUCAGAGUCAAACCUCCAAGACCGUAUCCUCAAGGAGAAAUUGCUUGUUAAAUGUGCGUUUGAUUUCACCACAGAGUCCACAAAGACUGCUUUGGAUAUCUUGAACGGUGCUUACACUCCAAUGAACCCAGAUGAACCAGUAGAGACUCACAUUUAUUUGCAAAACGGUAUCUUUUACUCCUUUGGUGCAGAUGUGGGUACAUUUGCUGAAAAGGGUGGUAAUUAUGCGUCAAGAGCUGCAAGCAACCAAGACGUCAAUGCUAUCAAGUUCAUUAACAGUUUCAACUCCAGAGGUAUCUACACUUUGAUGACAACCAUCGUCGAUUAUGCUGGUAAGAGGGUUGUGUGUCAAACUCCAGUUCCAGGUUUGUUCACCUCAUCUGAGGCAAAAGAAGUUACCAAUGAUGAAACUGGUGAAGUUGAAAUCACUGAAGGUGAAACUUUGACUAGUAUUGCUUAUGGAUUUGAUGAUUUGAGUGGUGAAAUCAAAACUGACAAAGAGUUUACCAGCGCCUUGGAACAAAUCAGAAAGGGUUUGCACUUUAAGAAGAAAGAACUCAAGGAUGGCUCUCUUGUCACUAGUCCUGAGAUUAAAGGUAUGAGAGGUACCGACAAGCGCAAAUACAUUUUGGAUUUGUACAGCUCUUCUCCGUUGGAUAUCGAAUUUGUCGAAAAGAACUUUGACCCAACUUCAGAACUCUCAUAUCCACAUAAACAAACUGUUAUCCGUUUCGAGGCUGUUCAGGACUGGUGGGGAACUAAGGCAAGAGCUCUUAUUGAUGAAGAAGCCAAAAAGCAAGGUAUUGAUCUUAAUGCCAAGUUACCUGAAGGUGAAGAACCUCCAAGUAUUACUGUUGAUCAAGACCAAUUGCUUUUCUCUGUUGAUGCCUUCAGUGGAGAGAACACAGAGGAUUCAAAUGUCCGUGACCUUUCCAAGUAUAUCACGGCUACUUUGAUUCCAAAGUUCUUGGAACAGUACGAGCACGUCAACACUGUUUCUCCAAUAGAUGGUUCUGCCUUAUCUUCUCAAUUACACAAGUCUGGUAUUAACGUUAGAUAUUUGGGUUACAUUGCACAACAAUUGGAAAAGCAAAUUAAAGAGCAGGUUAAGAUUGAAGAGGAUAAUUUGGCCAAAGUUCCGGAGCACAACAAAGAAUUCCAAACAAAAGCUAAGGAAAGAGAGGACAAGGUUAUUGCUGAAUUGACUGCUAAGAACGAGGCUGAAAAGAAGGGAGAAAAAUAUGAACUGGAAGAAGUUCCAGAAAUUGAUAUUGAAGCUGUUGAAGUUCCAAGCAUUGACCCAUCUAAGUUAUCUCAACAACUUUUGGAUACCGCUAUCUUGGAGAUGGUUGCCCGUGCAUCCAAGCAUAUCUUGAGAUCUUAUUCCUCUGCAUUGCCUCUUGAGCUGGUUGCAUCUCUGGUCUCUCAUUUCCACAACUUGUUGUUGGGUUCUGGUUACAAUAGUUCACCAAAGGCAGUCGUCGAAGAUGCGGAAUUUUACCCAGAAGUUGAUUUUGCUUUCACAAAGCUGACUCCCGACUCUGUGAAGGCCGCCAUUGUCAAGGAUGUCAAGAUAAACUACAGAUAUGAUUUGCCAGAGAACUGGGCUGAUAGAUUCUCUUCCAGACAAAUUCAAAGAGAGAUUGCUCUUAAGUUUGGUAUUCAAUGGAACCAACGUGACUACUUCUUCACAAAGGAAGAAUACGAAGAAGCUGAAAAGGCUGCAGAAGCUGAGAAGAAGGCUUCCAAGACUAAGUUCAAAGCACCUGUCAUUCCACUUAGAGACGAAGUCUUUGAGCCAAAGGACAUCUCAUUCGCACCACUUAUUAAGGAUACCAUUCCUCGUUCUGGUACUGCCGAACAGUUCUCAGAGGCUGGUCGUAUGAGUGUCUUGAGUGAAGAGGAGGACAAGAAACAGUCCGGUCUUGAACUCAUCAGAGAGGCUGCCUCCAUCUAUGAACAGGUUUAUGGUGAGUUACAUCCUGAGGUUCAAAAGAUUUACUCUUCACUGUCUCACCUGUUCCAGGAACAAAACGAGAAGGAGCAAGCUGCUUUAACUGCCAGAAAGUCAUUGUACAUUGCUGAAAGGGUAUACGGUUUGGACUCCCAUGACACCUUUGUCUCUUACUUGAACUUGGCAUACUUGGAACUGUCUGCGGGCAAGGUCAACAAUGCUUUGAAGGUUUACGGAAGACUUUCUCAAAUUUGGGCAGAUGUUUACGGAAACAAACACGUUUCAAUCCCAACAUUCUAUGGCCACAUCGUUAACGUUUUGCAAGAGCAAGGCUACUCUCAAGAAGCUACAACAUUGACCAAGAAGUUAAUUUCUUUGAGUAACGGUCUCCAAGGCGAGAAGAGUUUCGGCACUGCAAACUUGAACUACCGUUUGGCCUUCUUGUACGCUCUUCAAGAGAAGUUCAAUGAGUGUAUUGCUCUUUUGAAGGAAACCCACGCUACUCUUCGUGAGAUUGCUAGUGACAAGAACCCUCUUACCCGUGAAGCGGAUUCUCUGUUGAAGAGAAUCAACGCUUGGAAGGAGGUUAACGAAUUGAAUGCUAGAGCCACCAAGGCUGCGGAAAAGGCACUGAGAGAACAAGCUGCUAAGGAUAAACACAACAAACCUAAGACCAAGAAAACCGACAAGAAGCAAAACAUGGAUGAUAAGAGCAUCGACGAAGUCCUGAACUUUAUCAACAACGGUUCUUCUUCUCGUGGUAAGAAACAUGGUAAGGCCAAGAAAUGA